CCCAGUGCUCCAUCUAUUGCUUUCCUAAGAAUAGGGUGAGCCAGAAAUGAACGCAGUUGGGAUGAUUGCUCGUUUUGGCGUUUGGCCCCCUUUUCCCAGACUUGAACACUGAGGUAUAAACCUGCACGUGGACACGAUUGUUAGCUUUGACUUUGCGCACCAAGUUCCUGGCUCCGCACACAACCACAUCACGCAUCAUGACGCAAGAGACGAGCACCCUCGGCAAUAAUCUCACGGUCAAGGCCGGUCUGGCGCAGAUGCUCAAAGGCGGGGUCAUCAUGGACGUCGUGAAUGCCGAGCAGGCCCGCAUCGCUGAAGAAGCCGGCGCCGCGGCUGUGAUGGCCCUCGAGCGAGUCCCAGCCGACAUCCGCGCCCAAGGGGGUGUCGCGCGCAUGUCCGACCCCGGGAUGAUCAAGGAGAUCAUGGAGGCGGUGACAAUCCCCGUCAUGGCGAAGGCGCGCAUAGGUCAUUUUGUCGAGUGUCAGAUCCUCGAAGCAAUCGGCGUAGACUACAUCGACGAAUCCGAAGUACUCACCCCGGCCGACGAUCGCUAUCACGUCACCAAGCACAACUUUAAGGUCCCCUUCGUCUGCGGCUGCCGCAAUCUCGGCGAAGCCCUGCGUCGCAUAGCCGAAGGGGCGGCGAUGAUCCGAACGAAGGGUGAAGCCGGCACCGGGGACGUCGUGGAGGCAGUCAAACACAUGCGGACGCUGAACGCCCAGAUCAUGCGCGCACGGGCGAUCCUCCAGUCGCGGCCGGACCCGGAGCCCAAGCUGCGCGCCAUGGCGAGGGAGAUCGAGGCCCCCUACGAGCUGCUGCGGGACACGGCCGAGCGGGGUCGGCUACCGGUCGUCAACUUCGCGGCAGGAGGGGUGGCGACGCCGGCAGAUGCGGCGCUGAUGAUGCAGUUGGGCUGCGAUGGGGUGUUUGUCGGCUCGGGGAUCUUCAAGUCUGGGGAUGCGAAAAAGCGCGCGCGGGCGAUUGUGCAGGCGGUUCCGCAUUACAGGGAUCCGAAGGUCCUUGCGGAGGUGAGUGAGGGCCUUGGGGAGGCGAUGGUCGGGAUUAAUGUACAGAAGCUGGAGGAGGAGGAUAUGUUGGCUGGACGGGGGUGGUGAGUAGCUCUGCGCUCGACUGUUCACCUCAGGUCUCAGUGGGUAGUUCGGGAAUGAAGGAACAUACAAUAUUUGUUAAUCUAGUUCUUUAUCGACUAUUAUUUAAAGACUACUAGUAUGGGAAUAGACCUGGA